AUGCAGGGAUUCUUAUUCUUAUUCGUUGUGCUCUUUUCUUUUCCUACAUCAAACGUUUUGGUGGUGCAUGGUUCGUUCACGGGCACGUACGGCAUCAACUACGGUAGGAUCGCGGACAACAUCCCUUCUCCGGAGAGCGUGGUCACCCUCCUCAAGGCCGCCCGCAUCAGAAACAUACGCAUCUACGACGCUGACCCUGCGGUCCUCACGGCCUUCCGAAACUCGGGCAUCGAGAUCAUCGUGGGCCUCGGAAACGAGCACCUUGUGGACAUGGCCACGAGCGCGGACAGAGCAGUCGAGUGGAUAAAGGACAACGUGGAGACUCACCUCGCAAAGGACGGCGGCGGCACCCUCAUCGCUGGCAUCGCAGUCGGGAACGAGGUCCUCGGAGGAGGAGGCGAUGAUAGCCUCUCGGAGGCCCUUGUCCCGGCCGUGCGAAAUGUCUACAACGCCCUUGUCCGACUCGGCCUGGCCGACCGAAUCCAAGUCUCGAGUCCCCACUCGGAAGCCGUGUUUUCCAUCACCUAUCCCCCGUCAGCCGGGGCUUUUAAGGAAACCGUCCUCCCGUUCAUGCGACCCUUGUUGCAAUUUUUCGCGCAGGUGGGGACGCCUUUCUACAUUAACGCAUACCCGUUUCUGGCGUACAAGAGCGACCCGGAGCACAUAGACUUGAACUACGCACUGUUUUUGAAGAAUGAUGGGAUUCACGACGCAAAGACCGGGCUUCACUAUGACAACAUGUUUGACGCGAUGGUUGACGCAUCGUACGCAGCACUAGAGAAGGUGGGUUUCGGGAGGAUGGAAGUCAUAGUUUCCGAGACGGGUUGGGCCUCCAAGGGGGAUGCCGACGAGGCCGGGGCCGACUUGAAGAAUGCGAGGACGUACAAUCGCAACUUGAGGAAGAGACUCCUCAAGAAGAAGGGUACACCUUAUAGGCCAAAGAGGGUGGUGAGGGCCUACGUGUUUGCAUUGUUCAAUGAGAAUUUGAAGCCCGGCCCAACCUCCGAGAGGAAUUUCGGGCUAUUCAGGGCGGAUGGGAGCGUGUCGUACGAUGUUGGCUUCACGGGGCUUGUCCCCAGCAAUAGCAGGGGUUACUCGCUCCUCGCCUCUCUCAACCUCUUGUUGCUUUGUAAUAUACUACUGGGUUUGGUGGUGUGA